AUGUAUAAACACCAUACUGGAUCGAGGGACGAGGGUGAGAGAUAUUGGAAUGAUCCUUUCUACUCCUCGAACUCGAUUGAUAGCUCAGACCAUGCCAGAAACUUCCGAAACUCAAUACUACCAUCAAGCAUAUCUCGAGAAACCAGUUUCGAGUCCGGAUUGAGGCUCCAGGCUACUAACUUACACGAGUUCGGGGGAACGCAAACACAGGGCGCAGACGACUGCCCCAACGAAUAUUCCGAUUUAGACGAAACAGAAACGAAAGAUUUGAAGAUAACAGCAUCGCCGUCUCUCAGCGCACUUUCCGGUAUACUCAGUGAAAGAGCUAAAAAGGUGGGAAAACGCAACAACAAUAGCGUAGUGAACGACUCUAUCAAGGAAGAACCGCAGGAUACCGAGACAGCUCAUAUUUCCUCAGUAAAUGAAUCUCCGAAUUUAAUCGACAUAGGCGGCUCGCACAACAAUAGUUAUCCAAGCUUUGAUCAAACUCCACAUUCAACUGAAAGCCAAGAACAGCCCGACUUCCUGACUACCCCAAAGCUGGAUCCUCCCACGCCUCGGGUCGAGCCUGCGGUAGCUGGCUUUGACCAGAAGGUAAGCGUUGACCAAGAAGGGUCAGCUUCACCUGAUCUAGAAGAACUUUCGUCGUCUGUUGACCAUGCAGCUGAGAAUCGUACCAUCCAUUCCUCCAAAAUCGAUGCACAGUCGAGUCCUAUUAUCACGACGCACCCAUAUCCCAAGCAGCAGGCUGCCUCUUUGAGAUCCUUCUCAGCCAUGUCGAUAGGGUCAAGAGCGUCGGUGGAUGUUGUGGGAAGCGAAGCCAGAAAACGGAAGAGUAUUUUUUCGUUUUUGAAAAGAAAACCUCAGAAAUCUAGUUCUUUUGUUGGUUCGAACACCGAUGUCAACGCCGUAGUAGGGACUGACUCGUUAAGCAACGAAACAUUUGACAACGAGACAAGCGAGCUACCCAGCUCAACAAAAUUGAAGAAAAAGUCUUACAGCAACGGCAGUAUCUUUAGCAGUUUCAGAAAAACCAAAGCCAAUAAGAAGGACGCCGACGAUGGAACUCUACAAGUACCCAAACAACGCAACCGUGUGACCUCUCAAAACUCCAGGCGCACUACAGAAAAUUUAGGCGAUACUCCUGUUAAACGGGACAUUCGUUCUAGAAAACCUACACCACUUGACUUCGAACACCGUCCGCUCGAAUCGCAGUCACAGAAUCCUCAAACCUCAGAAAUGAACUUUUCACAAGACCCUCUCGCAAUUGGCGAAGUAGGCCACGUUAGUUCUUCGCGAGACCAGGCCAAAGAGUCGGACACCACUACCGACUUUGUAAAACAAGCGCCUGAUAUACCUAAUAUUGAUCUAUCCUCGGCGUCAGAGUCUGCCAGGCCUUCCUCCCUCGAUGAAGAAAUGGAGAAGGCAGAUUCUGGCGAAGUUUUAUUUCCAAAGUCACUAAGCGCACAAGAAGUAGAGUCGAUUGUGUCAUUGGAAAGGUCUCGGUCUGUGAAAUCUAAUAAGCGUAAUUCUUUGAAUUCACAUCGAAGGUCUCUCACCGAUAAUAUGUCCACGAAAGCUCAAAAUGGUGGGAUGUUCAUUACGGAACCAUUGGCAGUAAGGCUGUCUACACCUGAUUUGACAAAGUCACCCGCUAGCAGUAUAUUGAGGAAUGGGACAUUCGAUAGCCUUGAAUUUUCUCCUCAAAAGACCUCCAGCACGGCACGCAGUCAAAAGGGCCUCGGAAUAACGAGCGGUACCCUUCAGGCUGAAGACAAGGACUUUUCGUUUACUUCCAUUAAGCAGCAAUUGAAUGACCUCACAGUUGAUACCUGCAGUGAAGGGGGCGACGAGAAAAACAAGAAUCUCAUAUCAACUCCUCAGAGUGAAAACUUCGAAAAAGAGUUCAUGUCAGAUAUAAUGGAGUUCGCCAGUAUCAUUGACUUUGACAAAAACCUGGAUUUCAAUUUAGACUUAGAUCCGGCUGAUACGACCUAUCACUCUUUAAACCCCUCUGAGACAAAGUACAAUGCCUCCCAGCAGGUGGACGACACGUCGGUAGAUUCAAUUAAUUUCGGUGCUAAUGAUAGCUCCCCAAAACUCUAUUCUGGGCAGGAACCUGAACACGACGGACUUAUAAACCCCCAAUAUAACCACACAUCACAGGCGAGUAGCGAACUGAUAGCGGCUCCCGAGCAAUUUGGAAACAGGCCAAACAAUGAAAGCCCGCGCCCCUAUCUACCGACUAGUGUGAAUGAUGACGAUGACGAUGACGAUUUUGAAGGGGAAAAUUUCAAUCAACUAGAGGAUGCAACGAAAUCAAAUGACGCUACCAAUGGCCCUAGCUGGCCAAGCCCAAUUAUGGGCCCCGGAAGGCCUUUGUCCCUUUCUUUCAAAGGAUUGCGUGGAAAUCAGCUCAACAAUCCCUCACAAAUCUCAUUUCUCAAGCCUUCACCAACCCAUUACUCGGAUUCGGAUUCCCUUGAGGCGUCUAGAGCCAAGACCGUUGCAUUUUCGUCCAAUAUUAUACUCUACGCUACCUACACCGAGGAAGAAUACGAUAGACACCCGGAUAUCGCGACUUGUAACCAAUUAACCCCGCAGCUGGCCCAGAUGAUUAAAGAUGAACUCAAUAUGCUGAAGGCAGAGAUGGAAAUUCAUGAAGAAUCAAGAUGCUACACACAUUUUUAUUGA